AUGUCGAAUAUUAUUGGAACUAGAACCAGUCAAAUCAGUAGUGAUCUGGCAUUGGCGAAUCCCAAAACGACGAAGGAGCUGAAGAAGGAGGCAGCGAAAGCAGCGAAGAUAGCAAAAUUUCAUGAGAAAGUGAAGAAAACGGAAGUGCAAGCAUGUCAAGCAAAACAAAUGACAGUGGAAACAAAGAGGAGGGAGGUUUGUGAAUACACUGCUAAUACGAAACCUGGAGAGAAGAAGAACACCAUUAUUGAUUUGCCAAAUGCUUAUAGUCCAAGAUAUGUGGAAGCAGCUUGGUAUGAAUGGUGGCAGAAAUCAGGCUUUUUUCGACCUGAAUAUAAAUGUGACUUAAGUAAGCCGAAUCCGAAAGGGAUUUUUACUGUAGUUAUUCCACCACCGAAUGUCACCGGAACAUUGCAUUUGGGACAUGCUUUGGCUACUUCUGUAGAAGAUGCUGUAUGUAGAUGGCACCGUAUGAAAGGCAAGACAGUUUUGUUCAAUCCAGGCUGUGAUCACGCUGGAAUUGCUACGCAAGUUGUGGUAGAAAAACGUUUGAAACGUGAAUUAGGUUUAACAAGGCAUGAUCUGGGUCGUGAGAGGUUUGUAGAAGAAGUGUGGAAAUGGAAAAAUGAAAAAGGAGAAGUGAUUUAUAACCAGUUGCGAAAAAUGGGUGCAGGAGUUGACUGGGAUCGAGCCUGUUUCAUGAUGGAUCCAAAAAUAACACGUGCUGUAACACAUGCCUUUAUCGUAAUGCAUGAAAAAGGUAUCAUAUAUCGAAGUAAUCGGCUGGUGAAUUGGUGUUGCGUUUUGAGAUCUGCAAUUUCCGAUAUUGAAGUUGAUAAAGUGGAGUUAAACGGACGUACAUUCCUCUCUGUUCCUGGAUAUUUGAGGAAAAUUGAGUUUGGUACAUUGACAUCUUUUGCUUACCCCAUCGAAAAUUCAGAUGAAGAAGUCGUGGUGGCAACUACUCGAGUUGAAACCAUGUUAGGCGAUACCGCUAUUGCUGUACAUCCAAAAGAUAACCGAUACAAACACCUUAUUGGCAAGAAUUGCUUGCAUCCAUUUCUUCAAAGAAAACUUCCAAUUAUAGCAGAUUCGUUUGUUGACAUGGAAUUUGCAACAGGAAUAGUUAAAAUAACUCCUGCUCACGAUCAUAACGAUUAUGAAGUAGGACUCCGUCACAAUUUGCCAUUCAUUACUUGCUUCACAGAUGAUGGCAACAUGAGCGAACAAUGUGGCGAAUUCAAGAACAUGAAACGAUUUGACGCAAGGGACGCUGUUUUAGAGGCGCUUAAGAAAAAAGGUCUUUUCAGGGGGCAAAGUGAUAAUCCAAUGGUUGUUCCUUUGUGCAGUCGUUCGAAGGAUAUUGUUGAGCCAAUUUUGAAAUCACAAUGGUAUGUAAAAUGUGAUCAAAUGGCACAACGAGCUAUUGAGGCUGUGGAGGAAGGCCAUUUAAAAAUUAUACCAGAUUUUCAUGCUGUAACUUGGCGAAAAUGGUUGGAGAAUAUUAGAGAUUGGUGCAUAUCACGGCAGCUGUGGUGGGGUCAUCGCAUACCUGCUUACUUCGUCACCGUCGAUGACCCUAAAGUUUCUGCUGGAACUUCUGAUAACAAUGAUUAUUGGGUGAGUGCACAUAAUGAAGCUGAAGCAUUGGAAAAAGCUGCUCGAAAGUUUGACGUUUCAGAAGAGAAAGUUUCUGUGAAAAGAGAUGAAGAUGUUCUGGAUACUUGGUUUUCUUCUGGAAUGUGGCCAUUUGAAGUUUUUGGAUGGCCUGAAAAAACUGCUGAUUUGGAUAAAUUUUUUCCGAGUACACUGUUGGAAACAGGACAUGAUAUACUUUUCUUCUGGGUAGCACGUAUGGUUUUUAUGUCGCAAGAGCUUACUGGGAAGUUGCCAUUUCAAGAAGUGUAUUUGCAUGCCAUGAUUCGGGAUGCUCAUGGACGUAAAAUGAGCAAAUCGUUAGGUAAUGUAAUCGAUCCGUUGAAUGUGAUAUAUGGUGCAUCAUUGACGCAGCUCACCAAAAUACUGGAAUCUGGAAACCUUGACCCGAAAGAACUAAAAAGAGCGAAAGAAGGGCAAGCACACGAUUACCCGAAUGGUAUACCAGAAUGUGGCACUGAUGCAUUAAGGUUUGCAUUGUUGAAUUAUACUAGUCAGUGCCGAGAUAUCAAUCUUGAUGUGCUUCGAAUUCAGGGAUAUAGGUUCUUCUGCAAUAAAAUCUGGCAAGCAUCAAGAUUCACACUGAUGCAGUUACGCAACAAUUUCGCACCUGCGGAAAAAUUUGUUUUGCCAGAAGAGAGUAGUACUCUGGAUCGUUGGAUUUUGUCACGACUGUCGUAUGCUGUUGAAUCAUCCAAUAGUGGGAUGUCUAGCUAUCAAUUUAAUCGCGUUACGACUACAUUAUAUAAUUUUUGGCUAUAUGAAUUUUGUGAUAUAUAUAUUGAAGGGUGCAAACCAGUACUUGCUGGAAGUGGAAAUCCUAAUGGUGCAGAAAUUGUACGAAAGGUGCUCUUUGAAUGUGUUGAAACAGGUUUGCGACUGUUAUCACCAUUCAUGCCCUUUAUUACUGAAGAGCUUUGGCAGCGGUUACCGUCACGUAUAUCAAGAGAAGAAUCAGAAAGCAUCUGUGUUGUUGCAUAUCCAGAAGCAAAGCAGUAUGCAUUUCGAGAUGAAACACUGGAAAAUCAGGUGGCACAUGCAAUGCACAUUGUGAAAACUGUUCGUUCUCUUCGUUCCGAUUAUGGACUAACAGCUAAAAUGAAAACUGAACUUUACAUCGCUUUUGAAAACAGCUCAGAAGUAAUAGAAAUGGAAGAUCUUGUACCCUUAAUAACUACUUUAACUUCCUCAUCCAAGGCUUGCUUUUUUCUCUUAAUUCCUUGCGUUUUCCUGCUGACUGCGGAUAAAGUAGAGCAAUUGCCACCGGACACUGUCCAGCUUGUUGUUUCGGCAACUUGCAAGAUUUCACUUCCUCUUGAGGGUAUAAUUAACGUUCCUAAGGAAAUUGCGAAACUGACGGACAGGGAGGAGAAAGUGAUAGCUCAAUUACAGAAAUUAGACGAAACACUGUCUAGUCCAGCUUACAACAAAGUGCCUCUUGGAAUACGUAAUAAUAAUGUAGAAAAGAGAGCGUUGCUGUUGGCAGAAUCAAAGCAUCUGAAGGAAGCUAUAAUCGCCCUCAAAAACUCUUUGGCAUGA